AUGUUUUCUCAACUCAGGCUCGACACGCUACAUCAACUUCACAUGACACUCCUCGAGCCGUAUCACUCUCAGACGAUCCAUACGCAUCUCGCGGCGAUACACUCGACCGGUCGAAGGAGUAGAGUUCUGGAUGUAGGAGCGGUGAGUGGGCCGAGCGCCUGUUCGCCAUCGCUGACGCCAUGCUCAGACAUCAUACACGUCAAGAUUCUUCUGCUUGAAAUACCAGAUUACUCGGCCAUUAUUGAACGACUCGCAGUGACGCUUCGCCCAGGGGGACUGUUGAUUCUCGUCGAAACUGAACCUCGUUAUCUUUCUUCCAACGGGGAAACGUCUCGCUGUAUCAGGACAUUAGACGCGUGUGUGAGGGAUGCAUACGCAGCGCGAGGAGUGGACACUACCCUGCCUGCGAAUCUGCUCCAAUGUCUCGCCUCAUCCCGAGUCUUUCACACGCCCGCAUUCACACAAGAAUUAGGCAUGCCCACAGCAGGCUUCCUCAGAGGUAGUUCUCAAUCCUUGGCUCGAGCCGGAAGACUCCAUAGAUCUUUGAUCGAAGCCAACAUUGCCAAGAUCAUACCGAUCGUCCUGGCCAACGGGUACGAACAGGGACAGAUACGACAGCUGGUCAAGGACUGCAUCGAGGAGCUGUCGAGCCCUGAUUCGAGGCAUUACCAGCGUCUUUUUGCCGUGUACGGACGAAAGAUUUGA